UUAUAAAUCCGGUUCUGGGACUACACCUGACCAUUCUGGAUCUGCCUACCGAAGAGACAACACGACAAAUUAUGAAGAGACGAGCUGUGGAUUUCGCUUUUGCGCUUCUUCUUCUAGUGGAUUUGGUUCAGGCUCUCGCCAUCCCUAAGAUGCACCCUGAUAAACUGCUCCGUGGGAGGAAAGCUCGGGACGGUGGGGCCAGACACGCUGCACAGAGGCACCGCUUUAACAGUCUGCCGCACUACAUGAUCCAUCUCUACCGGGUCAUGCUGAUCGAAGACCAGAUCAGUACUCAGGCUGACAGCGUGCCCCACACUUGGAACGAAGAAAAUCUUCACAGCUCCGAUUCUGUGAUCAGCCUGGUCGCUAAGAGCUGCCAGCAGAUCGGCAGGAGAUGGUCCCUCACUUUUGACAUGUCCUCCAUGUCUGCAAGCGACAUUGUCCAGCUGGCUGAGCUUCGCAUCCGCCUGCCAGCUUUUAAAGAAUCUUCCAGCGCUUCAAUAGACAUCUACCAUUCCCACAGUGAGCGGUGCAUGCACUGCCCCGAGAAUAGGCUGCUUCUUGGCCACCUUAGAGUUCAUCCCAGUUCACUGGUGUCGCCGUCCUCCUGGAAAGUGUUCAACAUGACGCACAUAGUCCAUCGCUGGUUGCAGCAUCGGGAGCAUUUCGCAAAGAGGAUGGGGGAAGAGAAGCCAGAGGAGAGAGAGCAGGAGCAUGAAUUAUUUCAGCACCUUACAGCUGACAGGGUCAUCAUGGUGGUCUUCUUAAAGCAUGAAGCAAAGGACCAGCGAGUACCAAUGCUCAUCCGCACAGCAAAGCACUCCAAGUACGCUGGUCUGGGCAGGGAGCACGUACCCUCCAGGAUGAGGAGUAGCAGAGAAAAGAGGGACCAGCAGACCCAGCAGCAGAGAGAGGAGGGUGGGAGAGAUGCUCCCAGCGACAAGGCAACACAAGAGGAGAAAAAGGAUCAUCUGUGCAGGAAGGUGGACAUGUGGGUGGACUUUGAGAAACUCGGCUGGAGUGAGUGGAUUGUCUAUCCCAAACGAUACAACGCUUAUCGCUGCAAAGGGACCUGUCCCACACCAGUAGAUGAGACCUUCACCCCUACUAACCACGCAUACAUACAGAGCCUGUUGAAUUAUCAUCAUCCAGACAAGGCACCCUGUCUGUCUUGUGUGCCCACACACCUGGCACCAAUCUCCAUGCUGUACUUCGAAGAUGGAAAGAUGGUCAUGAGGCAUCAAGACGACAUGGUGGUGGAGGAGUGUGGCUGCCAAUGAGGGAAACGCCUGCAGAAGGGAAAUCAUAUAACCCUUCAACUUGUGAACCACGGGACCAAAGGGGUCUACAGCGAGAGUACUGGGAUCUCAGAGCGGCAAAGUGGGUGUGUGUCUGCUAGCACAGAGCUGUCCAGGACAGAGACUGCUGAUGUGAUGCAGGAAGCUUCUAGUAUAUAUCCUGGACGAUUCUCUCUAAAUUACAGAGCUAAACAGUUAUGAAACAGCUUCUGUUUAUAGGAAAUUAUGUGGGACUAUAAGCUGUGCCUUUUAAUAGCCAUGUCUCAAAAGGCACGACAUGAUCAGACUUAAGCACUAUAUUGUCACAGAAACUAUGUUGUUUUUAUGCUUCAAGACUGAACCUCUAAUACCAUUGAAAUUACAGAAUGGUUUACUGUAAGCGCUUUCAUUAUUAUCAUUAUUAUUAAUAUUCUUUAUUGAGACGUUUGGGUCACAUUGACCUAUUUGUAUAUUUGCUAUA